AGCAAGAAGCCUCUACUCGACGCACAAAUAGCCACGCCAUGUGGUCACACUUUUUGCGGCGAAUGCGUUUACCGAUUCCAGCAAACAUCCCGUGCCAUUCAGUGUGCGAUGUGCCGCCAAGUGGUGAUCGCCUUUUGCAAAAAUAUUUUUGCCAGCAAUCUAAUCACUGCAAUCGAUGGUGAGUGCCUAGCCUGCAAGGGAAGGAUCAAACUGGACGCUGCCAAAGACCAUCUAGGGCGAUGUUCAGAAGUUGAAGUGGUGUGCCUUCUCUGCAGUGAAAAACUGCAGAGAAAACACCAAGAUGGCCACGAUUGCCCCAUGCGGGAAAUAAUCUGCAACUGUGGCGAAAAGUUCAACAAAAAAGACGAGGAACACCACCAGCAUCUUUGCAGUUUUAAACAGAUACAAUGCCCAUUCGAUUGCGGCGAAUUGGUAGAAAGGUACGUUAAAAAGUGUAUGUGACAGAAAUUUUUUUGUUUGCUCUAUAGAAUCUAUACAGUGUAUUGAUAAGGAAAGGAAAAAUAAUAUUUCGGUAGCGAUUUUUCUUCAUCGUGUUUUCACCUACCAAAAGAGUGAAAUUUCAAUUCCGGUGGGCUACAAAACCGCGCAGGUGAAAAUAGAAUACUAAGAUUGAUUGUUAUGUGAUUUCAGGACAUUCUGUACAGAUUCUAUCAAGGAAAUAAAAUAGUUUAUGUAAUAUAUACACCUCUGGGCUAGUAUGCCGUCAGUUUGUCGGCAUUGGAGUUUUGGCGAGAAAAGAUCGUUUCAACUUAAAAUUGAUGUAACUGGAAAAAAAGGGUCUUUUGAAAAUGUCGACGAUUGAUAGACGAAAUUGGAAUUACCAGAGGAGGGCUCUAACCUGGGACUAGGCUCUGCAGGUCUGCGGGGGAGGAGGAGGGAGUCAAGAAAGGAGUCAAACAGGAAAAAGAAUUUAGGCGAGCGAAUCGAGUUGAGCGGUGAAUUGGGGAAGAGGGAAGGGCGGCGGAGCCUCUGCCACCCUUUCCCAGGCCUGACCGCUGGAGACCCUCAUCUCUCGGCUUUCUUUGCGCUCCUAUUUUUUUCUUUUUUUUGGUUAACAAAGCGGACAUUUAAUUUUCCAUUUUUCCCCCAAUACAGAGCCUGAUCCCAGCCUAAGAGAGCUCAUAGAUUGAUCAUUAAAACGUUUUUAUAUAACAUCUGCUUUUUUUAAGAAGAGAAAGGAAAACAGGUUCACAGCUUCUUGGGGCGGCUAUAUAAAAUUAAUAACAAAAGAAGAGUUUGAGAAUGCUUGUGUACUAGUGAGUAAUGGAGUAAUCCUCAUUAUUAAUUGAUCUCCCAAGGUAUCUUCUCCCAUCUCAUACACUACAAUGCCCCGCCAAAGUGCAGAAAUGCACCGUCAAGGGAUGUGGAGAAACGGUCAGGAGAAAGGACAGGAAAAAGCACCAGGAUGAAAAUAUGUCCCGCCACUACAGCCUCCUUAAAGAGGAAAACGAACGCAUUCUUUGGAGUGCCAGCAAAAUGGUGAGUUUGCCCGAAAUGUCCAUUUCUAAAAUUAUAUCCUAUGCUAUGCACCUAUGAAGAAUUUUAUUGAAAGGAGACAUUUCAACGAAACCUCUUAACAGAGAUUUGUUUGUAAGAAACGUAAACUUGCUUUUUGCGAAAAUUUAAAACGUUGGGGGAACGUUACGUCCAAAAUUUUGUUUCGACGAACACUCGCGUCAUUCUCAUUUCUGAACCUUUGAUUAAAACGAAAACCGAUUAUGACUUUUUUUUUUUUCGCAUUUGGCUAUGGAUAACAAUGAAGUUCUUCGUUGCCAGAUUGUUGCAAAAAGAAAGAAAAGGUUCGCUGUUUUAGCCGACAGUGUACGUAGAGUUGCAAUGCGCCUUGGAAACUCCUCGAGUUCCCCCUAUGUUUUUUCGUGCUUUCAUCCAAAAACAAGCAUAACAAUUGUCCUGCUGAUAUGGUAUUUCAUCCAAGAAAAAUGUUGUUAACGCCUCCUGUGGUACUUUUUUUCACAGAAGUGGCUUCAUGUUAAGACAGGAAGAACAGGUGAGGCGGGAGCACACAGAUGGAACAUCCCGAACUGCUACGGCGACAUAUGUUCGCCAAGCUUUGAGAUGUGGGGCCGUAAGUGGCGACUGUUCUGCCUAAGACGAGGGGGCAUCAUCAAGUACGGCCUUGAAAAUGAAGAGGGAGACAGGCCUAUCCACGUGUCAGUGAGGUACGUUUGCAUGCAGCAAAUUCUUAAAGGGACACACCGUCCUGUCCGAAAUUUAUAUUAUACUCUGUAAACCUUAAGUGGCGCAGUGGGGGCUCAGGGGAUAAGGGAUGGGAGUGGGACGUCUGUGUUGCGACCUUUUCAGCUAACUCGUUUUUCUCUCUUUGCAGUUUCAUCGUCGAGAGCAGCAGUGGGGGCAAAGAGGUAUAUAACAUACACGUUUUGGAGUUUAAGAAGGGACAGAUGACCGAGCAAACUAAGACGGGCAGUAUGCCUAAAGCCAUAACGGUCAAUAUGGCAUUGUUAGGGCCGAGCUUUACUAAAGAUUCAUAA